UUUUUAUUUUUUUUGCCACUGACGUAUGAAGGAGAGGGUAGCAACAGUUGCCUCGAGACCCCCGCACGCCAUAGUGACUGUAGCCGUGGAGACAGUUACUUACCAACGGGUGCAACACUCAGCAACAGCAGCAGCAGAAGCAACUGGAACUCAACGAGCAAGUGAGAGAGGGGAAAGAGAGCACAGCCAGGGCAGAACUUAUACAAGGCAAAGGUCCCAGCAUGCAGAGUUCAGAUGGAGGGUCCGAAUCGCCGUCCAGUGUGGCGCUGCGUACGUCCACCUCCACCCAGGCCCCCGUGGUGCAGCCCGUACCAGCCUCACAACAGAGGGUGCUGGUUCAGGCCACAGGUUCGGCCCAGAAGGGAGCGCAGGUGCAGCAGCUGUCAGUCCCUCGGGUGCAACAGGUCCCUCAGCAGGUUCAGCAGGUCCAGCAUGUUUACCCCUCCCAGGUUCAAUAUGUAGGAGAGGGGGGAGAGGCAGUUUACACUAAUGGAACCAUCCGGACAGCCUACUCCUAUAACCCUGAGGCCCAGCUGUAUGGGCAAGGUAGUGGAGGAGCCUACUUUGACUCUCAGGGUGGGGGUGCCCAGGUCACCACGGUGGUCUCCUCGGCCGGCGGCGGGCCGCCCCACGGUAUGGUGGGCAUCGCCAUGGAUGUGGGUGGUAGUCAGGUCAUCUCCGGUGGCGGCACCUACCUGAUCCACGGCGGGGGCAUGGAUGGGGGUCGCCACCACGCCUCACACUCUUCCCGCUCCUCCUCUGCUAUGCUUGAAAUGGCGAUUGAAAACCUCCAAAAGUCUGAAGGGAUUGCAACUCACAAAAGCAGCCUGCUCAACAGCCAUCUGCAGUGGCUGCUGGAUAACUAUGAGACAGCGGAGGGGGUGAGCCUGCCCCGGAGCUCCCUCUACAACCACUACCUGCGCCACUGUCAGGAGCAGAAACUGGACCCGGUCAACGCUGCCUCCUUCGGGAAACUCAUCCGCUCCGUCUUCAUGGGCCUCAGGACCCGCCGCCUCGGCACUAGGGGCAACUCCAAGUACCACUACUAUGGCAUCAGACUGAAGCCAGACUCACCACUCAACAGACUGCAAGAGGACUCUCAGUACAUGGCCAUGAGGCAGCAACCCAUGCACCAGAAACAGAGGUUCAAGCCCCUCCAGAAGGUGGAUGGCAUGGGAGACAGCCUGUCAGGAGGCUCCCAGCACUCAGCCAGCACCCCAGAGCAGUCUGUGGCAGCCCAGAGCCAGCACCACCAGCAGUACAUUGAUGUGUCACAUGUCCUGCCCCCGUUCCCCACCCCUGACCUGGGUACCCAGCCCCUCCCCGAGCGUAUCAACAUGAAUGACGUGAAGAAGCUGCAGAACCUGUACAGGGACCACUGUGAGGCUACUCUGGAUGUGGUGAUGAACCUCCAGUUCCACUACAUUGAGAAGCUGUGGCAGACCUUCUGGUAUUCAACAGCGCCAUCUAGUGACGUAACCACCACCAUCCCCAACAGUGAUGAGGACAUGGAGGGGGUGAUCCCCAGGGAGAAGCUGAUGGCUCUGUGCAAGUAUGAGCCUAUCAAGCUGUGGAUGAGGAGCUGUGACCAUAUCCUGUACCAGGCCCUGGUGGAGAUCCUCAUCCCUGACGUGCUACGCCCUGUCCCCAGUACUCUCACUCAGGCCAUUCGCAACUUUGCCAAGAGUCUGGAGGGCUGGCUGACCACAGCCAUGAGCGACUUUCCCAAUGAGAUUGUACGCACCAAGGCGGCGGUGGUGAGUGCAUUUGCUCAGACCUUGCGUCGGUACACCUCUCUGAACCACCUGGCCCAGGCGGCCCGCGCCGUGCUGCAGAACACCUCCCAGAUCAAUCAGAUGCUCAGCGACCUCAACCGUGUCGACUUCGCCAACGUACAGGAGCAGGCGUCGUGGGUAUGCCAGUGUGACGAGACUGUGGUCCAGCGGCUGGAGCAGGACUUCAAGGUGACCCUGCAACAGCAGAGCUCUCUGGACCAGUGGGCCGCCUGGCUGGACAACGUGGUCAACCAGGUCCUCAAGCCCCACGAGGGCAGCACCAGCUUCCCCAGGGCUGCAAGACAGUUCCUGCUGAAGUGGUCCUUCUACAGCUCCAUGGUGAUCAGGGACCUGACCCUGCGUAGUGCCGCUAGUUUCGGCUCCUUCCAUCUCAUCAGGCUGCUCUACGACGAGUACAUGUUCUACCUGGUGGAGCACCGCGUCGCCCAGGCAACCGGAGAGACACCCAUCGCUGUCAUGGGAGAGUUCAGUGACCUAAACUCGAUGCUGCCCAUGCUCAUGGAUAAAGACCCGUCCUUCUCAGACGACAUGAGUGACAUGGGCAGUGACGAGGGCCGGGGGCCCCACGAGCCGGCCGUGAAAAGGGAGAGGAUCGAAAUCAACCACUCGCUGCAGGAGAUCUGAGACCAGAUGAGGCCCGUGACCCUCUCUCAGGAGCCCUGCUGAGCUCUGGGCUCUCCUGGUCCUGUCAGCACACUAAGAGCCUCUAGCCCAGCCUGCUACACAGCGAGUGUGUUCAGUGUAUAUAGAGAAGAGCAGCAGGCUCAGCCCCUACCCAACCACUCCUCUUAGUUAGUGUAUUUAAAGGGGGACUCUUUAUCCCAGGGAAAACAAUGAAUGCUCACCAAGGGGGUCUGGUUUGACCUGACAGGGGUAUACAGUUCAAAUGUCUUUGUUUUUUUUCCUGUUUUGCAACUGUGAAUAAGGAUGACUUUGUGCAGUACCCAUGUACCCAUGGAUACAUGUAACUUUGUAUGAGUGGUGUGUUUAUCCUUUAUUAGCUGUGCCAUAGUGUAAUUCCAGUGCCUUAGAUGCUAACUCUUUAACCACCACUACUACAGAUGUCUAUCUCCUCGCUCAGCUGUGCCUCUACCGCAGUAUGAAUGUAUUGUUUCAGAACCUCAGACAUUCUAAAGCACCUUUAAACCUGUAGGUGUAAUAGGAUUAUUCUAUACGUGUUGCCUCAACGCACAUUGAUGCAACCAACUGACCCAAAGGACUUGUCCCUCUCCCACCAGCACGGCCACUCCCGUGGCUCUGUCAGUAGGGCCUGAUGCAGAAAAAAAGACCCUAGUCUCAUAGUUGAUGGGAUGGCAGGGACCUCUAACACCCUGGCCGUAUGAGAUGAUUAGUUACCUCCUCCUUUUCUAUGCUCUGCUCUGUUCUUAUGAGGCAACUAUAAAAGAGUAUCCACUGUUAACUCUACCAACUCCCCCAUUCUCAAGUAUCCUUCUCCAUGUAUAUAUAUAUAUAUCCAAAUUGUAACUAUUCUAUGAUGCUGGUCUCAUUGAUCCAUCUCUCUAGAACUUUGGGGGUGUUUCUAGAUGUCACACCCCAGAGUCUAGGACAAGCCAGUUGCAUCUAUAUUGAUGAGACCUUUAGAUUGAUGUUUUAAGGACAGAAAGGAGAGUGGUGGACUCUUCAGGAAACCACCAGAUUAUAUAUAUAUAUAUAUAUAUAAAAAUGAUCUACCUUCUGUGUUAACUGGAGCUGUCUGGCAUCCAUUUUGUGGAGCCGUAUGUCUGGCCCAAACUGGGCCAUGUCGAAUUUCUUAAGGGAUGUAAAAUAGUAUGUAUUUACCAAAACGUGAAAGAGCGUUGGACCUCUGAAGCAAAACCCUUAAAAGGAAACUCCUAAUUGCAUCUGUUCAGUUCAACUGAUGCUCUGAGUUCAGAUAGUGUGACUCACCCCCUUAAUGGUACCGUUACUCAAAUGGACUCGUUCCAUUUUGAUUGGAGAGGGAAAUAUUCAGAAUAUCCUGAUCCAUGUUUCGUUUAUUGCUCGAUAUAUGAAAGUGUAAAACGGCUCGAGCCGGUUUCUCUAAAGAUGAUUACAUAUUUUAUAGCCGUACAAUUGUACUGUAGGAGGACUGAUUGUGCAAAACCAACAAACUGUUAAACAUUCAUACAUAAAUAUAUUUCUUAAUAUGAUGUAGAAAAUGUGUUUAUCAAUGGCCUUUGGGUUCACAUGGGGCUGGAUCACACAUGUAUCGUGGAAGAUUGAAAUUGAAAGGCAACGUUCAAAGACUGCAUUCACGGUAAACGGAAAUGACCUUUACAUUUUUAAACGCGGAUCUCCUGCAAUACAGAUUGAAUCCAGCACUUGGUCUUUCCCCAAUCAUUUCUAUCUUCCCAUACUGUACUGUUUGUGCUUUUAAAAGGGGAUGUCCUCCUUGCUUUGAUUAUUUAGUGGCUGGGACUGAUGUGUGUGUGUGACGCAGACGUUUUGUCUUGUUUUGAUCAUUUUCUAUGUCUUAUGGUCAACAACAAUAUUUAACUGUAACAAUGUUGAUAUUUGGGGUGUAAGUGCCCAAUUAACCUAUGAAACGUCAGUCACGUGUCCAUAUUGAGAGAAUCUCCAUUUCUAUUUAUGAAUAAAUAUAACUGAUUUAAUUACUGAUUGACAUGAACUUUUUUUUCUAAACACUUUUGGUUUAAUUUUACUUUCCCCCCUCAGAGUUUGUAGUAGCUUGAGAAUCCUGAGCUCUUUGUAACUCGUGCCUGUCAGUACUUUGCCUUUUAAGUGCUUUGGAAAGUAAUUUCUAUGUGAACUUUAAUGUUUUUUGUAAUGCUGUUUAGACUUUUGGCUGAGGAUUAUUUUUUAUUGAACUAAAUCUGGUUCUUCUUACAAGUAUAUUGAACCCUUAUUUUUAUGUAUUUUUAAACAUUCUUGACUACACUUUACCUAGCUUAAGGGCAUACAGUCUGUAACAAACUGCAUAGUGUGUAAUAAAUUGGUGGAAACCA